AUGGUCUCCGGCUUUACUUACCUCGGUAGUGUGAUGAGUUGCGAUAGGUCACUGGACGUGGAGAUCACCUCCCGCUUGGCCAAGGCAUCUCGUGUGUUUGGUUGCCUCCUGACCCCGAUUUUCCGGUGCCGGGGUUUAUCCAUCGGCAUUAAGGGCAUGGUAUAUCGCGCUUUUGUCCUGAGCACUCUGUUCUACGGUGCAGAGACAUGGGCUGUGAAGGCUACCCACGUCCAUUGGCUGACCGUCUUCCAUCGCUCCUGUAUUCGGUCUAUCCUCGGUGUAUCGCGGAUCCAGCAGUGGGAGGACAGGCUCACAUCGGCAGAAUUGGGCAGGCGAUUUGGCAUGUCUCUUGACAUCUCCGAUUUGCUCCGACAGCAUCGUCUGCGCUGGCUGGGGCACAUUGCCCGUAUGGAGGAACAUCGCACUCCGCAGCAGAUGGUAUUUGGCGAGUUAUAUGCCACUCGCCCCCGCCACGGUCCGAAGAAGCGAUGGCGUGACGUUGUUGUCACUGAUCUAGCUGCGGCCCAGAUCGGAGAGGGAGAAUGGAUCCGUCCAGCCCAGGAUCGCCCAACCUGGAGGCGGUUGUGUCGUCAGCAGCCUCCUCCACCCGGACCGAAAAAGUUCCGUUGCGCAUGUGGCCGUCCCUUUGGCCGCAUUGGGGACCUGAAGAGGCACGCCCCCCACUGCCGCGUCUGA